GUGGUCCCCACCUCGGUGCCCACGUCCAGUCUCAAACCAACAGCCAAACACGUAUCGAAUGUGUUUUUCGCGGUGUUUCUCAUCCGUGCGUGCGAUUAUCUUCACGAGACAUUAACGAAAGACCCUCUUCUCACCGUCGGUCCGGUGCAAUCGAUCGAUCGCGUUAUCAGUAUGUGCUGCGUAUCUCGUUUUACGUGCGGCUAUCUCCUUGUUUAUCUCUGAAACUCUCGGAGCACGGCGUUAUCCACGGCGAUUCUGCGCUAUGGUAGACAAUCUCGUCGUACACUCAACUUACGCAGGCCGUCUUGAUAAAAACGUUUGACUGACAGAAAAGGGAGAAGGGCUGUCCCGUUGACGCGAGAUCGCCGAUCGUCGCCGUGCAAUCGAUACGAGCGUACGUGGUAGAAACGCGACAACCACCGUGUGUCUGUGUACGAGCACGCGAAAACACCAGCUUCGUGUCAGUCGAUGAGGUUAGGCUGGCGUAUUUACGCAACGAAAAUUUGUGUCGUCGGCGUACGGGCACGCGAUGCGGCUUUGACAGCUCGUUCUAUCGUUGCUGCUAUAUCGUCGUUUGUCACACGUCACAGGACAGAAUACUUGUGUACAGUGCUUAAUAAGGAUAGCGCCGAAUUCGUCGUCGUCCUCGGUGGCGACUUUGACAGGUUACCUAUCGGGGAAGUGAGGUUAAUUCGGGAGGUGUGCGGCUGUGCGUGUGCGUCAGUGUACACGGAAGAGCAACGCGACGAUAAUAUACGAUGACGGCGAUGUUAGUAUCUGUGGCGGAACUGUCGAACAUUUUCUUCGUGCUCGCAGUCUCGAUAUGCUUCUGCGGGGUUUUCUUGUUUAUUAUCAGGAACAUGAUCGUGCUUCGUAUUCACGGCGACGAAUUGAUGUUUGGAGGGAGUGGAAGCGUAAUGACACAUUCGCCGCGUAUACCUCAGAUGGAGAUGAUGAAGGUCCACAUUCCCUUCACCUUCAAGCUUCACGAAAGCUUCAAGAGCACUUAUACCGAGGUAGAAUGCGAAGUAUCGAGUCAAGUCGAGUACUCUCUACAGGCGCUCUGGGGCGUUAGUAUAAGGGAACUUCAUCUGGCACUUUGGAAACCUUGGAGCACCCUUAGAGACGCGUCUUUGAACGGCACUCUCCUUCAAGGCCACGCGCAAUAUCUCACACCACCACAAACUAGACAACCACACGGAGAAGAAACGUUGAGAUUGUCGCUUCCGGCUCCAGAAUUAGAACUUGGAACACCUCCUAGACUUUGUUACCCCUUGGUAAUCUUCCUGACUCGCAGGGAUAACGGAGAUCCUCAUCCGGACGAGACCGUGGCCCUGGUAAACGUUGUCCAUAUCAAAGACAGUGUGUGCACGUUGCCGACCUCGAUCCUGGCGCAAUAUUUAAAACAAGCGAAUGGCCAGUUGUCUUGUCUUAAGCAACUGUACCUAGCUACCGGUAAUUCGACAAACUACGACGAAGGAGAUGUGUCUUCAGGUCUAGGUUCAGCUCUGGCACUUGCAGAACCUUGUAACAAUAGCGGUAGCUCGGCUAGAGGCGCAUUGGUUGCCUCCGGAACAGGCGAUCCCGAGGGAUCGUUGUGGAACACAGCCGGAGAACAGCUUUGCGUUGUUUGCCAAUAUUUUCCUCUGUCGCGUGCUCUGUUGCCUUGCAGACAUACUUGCAUUUGCGCAUCUUGUUUUGGCAAAUUAGAUCGGUGUCCGAUGUGCAGAAGCCCGAUAAAGAGUUAUUUCUGCAUCAGAGGCGAGGAGUACAUGCCCCUGGAAUCAGAAAUCAAUCCCUGCAAACAGAGGCAAUCGAGUCAUGGACCUACUCACUGGCUUCACGAUUGGAACGACAGACUUACGGAUUUCCUCGGAUUCGCACGAUAGAAUACUUGAUAUUCUAACGAGUCGUUUAGAAUGUACAGCGUGCAGAAUACCAUAAAACAAAGAAUGAUUGUCAAUCGUCUAUUGGACUGCUUGAGAGAUUGGUGUAUUUUGAUUGGAGAGUAGUUUUUUUUUCUAGAGUCUUUAAUUCCUGUGAAUUCGAUAUUUAACAAAAGGAAAGUAUUUGCAAUCAAAAUCGUUCAGUGAAGGUACAGAAGAAAGAGAGGUAGGGCAUUAAUUUAUGCGGAAGAGAAUAAGGAUGAUAUAAGUAUAAAAAACUGGAAAUUAGCAUCUUUAUGAAAUAUUAAUUCUUUUCUUUCUCUUGAUGAGAAUAUUGUAGAGAGUUAAAUGAGCAGAGUGAGUUGUAGUUGCAAAGUAGAUUGCAAUGAUAUCUUAUGUUCGUCGUUUGUGCAAUUCUCAAAAAAAGUUAGUAUAUUUUUCUUUUGUUUUUGUUAAUCAUUUUAUGUCUUUCGACUCUGCCUUAUAGCUUAAAAUGGAGAAUGUUAUUCUGUUGGCGUUUGAAUGAUUUUCAAGAAUUAAGGAACCAAAAAAAAUGGAUAAUUUAUUGACGUCCAGAUACAAUAAAGUAAGAGAGGAUUGAUAAAGAAAAAAAAAAAAAAAGAAAUACGGAGAAACGUUUCAGAUUUUUAUCACGCAACAUUGUAUAAAUAUUUAAGAUGUAAAUACAAGAUAACAAAUAAGACAUGUCCAACUUUAAGAUGUAAUUUAUAGAAAUAAUUAAGUUAUUGAUAUUAUUUCAUACGAUACGCAGAUUUAUUCAGUAGAUCUAGAAACAUUAGUUCCGAUAUGCAUGCCUUUAAAGUAUUCUUUUCCCAUUUUUCUUUUUAUCUUAUAUGAAUUGAAAAUAUAUUUUUUCCCCCUUUUGCAAUGCUCUACCGUCCAUGCGCUACGAUGGAGCUAAUUCCCCUGAGGUUCAAUUCAUAACACAAAUCACAAAAAAAAAAACGUCGCUAAAUUAAUUUAAGAAGAAUGUUGCGUUAACGUUUAAACUGUAAAUACACAGACUGUGAUAAUUCUAAUAAUAUCUAUUAUUAUAAACCAGAUAUAUGAAAAAGUCCUGACACAAAGGGGAACACAACAAAGAAGAAGGAAUUGGUACGAAAAAGGAACACGAAAUCAUUUUCAGAUUUCGCAUUUGAUAUGUAUGUACAUUUGCCUUUUUUUUUUUACAUCUUCUAGGCACUUGCUUAAAGAAUGAUGAUACUCUCUUACUCUGGGUUUAUUAUGAAAUCAAAAUUUUAUAUUUUUCUCAUGAAAUUUUUUCAAACAGAAGUUUCUUUCUUGUGAUAACAAGAUCAAUUGAAGGAUACUUUAGAAAUUGAUUCAGCUUAAGAGGGUCAGCUUACUGAAAGAAUGAGAGUAUAUUUGGAACCACACAUGUUAAUUUGAGAGUAAAGGCCUCUAAAGUCAAUGUUGUUGUAGCCGAAGAUCUUUUCGUAUGAUAAUUUAUAUUUUACUUAGUAAGCAUGUGGCAUUUCGAUGAUGCGACAAUGUCUGUAUGAGAGAACCUGUAUAUAAUUUAUUUAAUAAAGCGUAUUCAUGCUGUCA